GUCCUCCUGUGCGGUGGCACUGAUUGGCCUAGACUUGGUCGCAAGGACCGCAGUGGGAGCGGUAAGAAACCUCAGGAGAACGUCAUCGCCGGGCCAGACCUGCUUGAACCUCAUAUCCUGCGUUCGCUGAGCAACAUCAAAGCAACCUCAAUAUACACAUCAUGCGUCGGCUGUCACGUCGUCGUGCUCGACAUAGAAGGGGUAGCGUGGCUAUUUGGCCGAAACGAGCGCAGUGCUCUGGGUGUUGUGGGGGUGGAAUCAAUCUCAGAAAACGCGCCAAAGCGACUCACAGCGCAGGAGCUAGGGGCUCCGAAGGGGACGCGGUUCGUGCAUGCUGCGUGCGGCAAGAACCACACACUACUGGUUGGGAGUGGGGGUCAAUUAUGGACAGCUGGUGCAAACCAGGCCGGGCAAUGCGGGCAUCCUGAAUGUCCGCAGAUCACCUCUUUCAAGCUCGUGAAUGGCCCCAAAGUUGGCGGUGCCAAAGAAGACGUUGUGAAGGCCGCCGCCGGGGUCACAUUCUCCAUCGUUCUCACAGCGAGUGGCAAAGUGUUCUCAUUCGGUAGCGGGGAACAUGGCCAGCUCGGCAAUGGCAAAACCGGUGAACAUAUUGUCUCCGCAGGCAAGACUGCGUUCGAUAUUGAGUGGGAGCCCAUUCCUGUCAAGGGGCUGGAUGAUAGGGAGAUAGUACAGAUUGCAUGUGGACAACAACAUAGUGUCGCACUGACUUCUGAAGGACUUGUAUAUGUAUGGGGAUACAACGGUUAUUGCCGUCUAGGCCUGGGCAAUCAACAAGAUGUCCUCAUCCCGAAACUCGUGCCCCAGUUCGCUGGUCCCAACGACAUGACAAUGGGCGCACAAGUUGUAGCCGGUCCAUCGAAUACAGUUGUGAUUGAUCAGCAGAAGAUGUACUGGAUGGCAGGGAAGUGGAAAAACACAGGAGAUGGUUCGUCGGGUCAGCCAUACUCCACGUUCCGAUUCAUCCAGGAUAUAAUGGGGUGCAAAAUCGCCUAUGCCAAUUGUGGGGGCGUGACCCACUGGGCACUUGCCCCAGACGAAGAUGGUAGUAUAAUGACUAUCGCAUUCGGUCAGGGCGCUGCUAAUGGUGAACUCGGCCUGGGGCCCGAUGAACCCAAGAGUGCGACAAAACCAACUCGUCUCCAGCCCCUCAUUGGAGUUGACAUCUUCCAGGUAGCGGCCGGACAAAAUACCGCGUUUAUGCUAGCAAAACCGAACAGCAAAUUGUCUGACCUGCCCAGACAUCCUAUCGACAUUGAGCCUCCCGACGCCUGUGUCGUAUGUGGUCAGGAUACCGGUGACGACGAUGCGCUUCUGGAGUGCGAGAAGUGUGACAACCCAUAUCAUCUAAAAUGUCUAGACCCUCCUUUGGAUGCAGUUCCUGAGGGCGAGUGGUUUUGUCUGGAGUGCGAGGCGAAUCCCGGCGCUCCUGUUGGGCCAGAGGCCAAAACCCAAGCCGCUCAAAGCAAGCUUCAGCCAGAGGAAGACUCGGAUGAAGGUGAUGAAUCAGCGACGAAGACUGGCCAGAAGCGCAAGGCAGCCGCAAAAAGCAAAGCUACAGGUGAGUAG